CCUUUCCUUCCUUCCACUCCAAGAUACCUACCCCACCUCCCACACACAGUCACACAGUGCCACACACAAAACCGACUUCAACUGGGCACACAAAAUUUCACCCUUCCACUUGGCCUCCAAGUAAACCCCAAAUCCUUCCAAUUAAAAUUAUUCAAAUAUAGUAUAUUUUAUAUUUUAUUACCAGAAAAUGUACUACUAAUCCACUACCUUUUUGGCUUCUGCCAGCGUUCCGAAUUAGAAUAUUGUAGUGCCAAAUUCUUUCAACACAUUAACUUGCUCAACUGUCUUACUUUCCUCUCACCCCUCACGCAACUUCUCGAGCAGUUCACUCCCUUUUUCCCAUUUCCCUUAUAAAUAUCCCAUUUUCCACACUACACUUCCAUCAAAUUCACUCACUUCUUUGGUUCUUUUCUCUUCUCCUCUCAAACAAACAUUUCAACAAACACUCAAAAACAAACCAAUUCACUACUUCCAGAAACAAAAACAAAAAAAAACCAAUUCUUUGUUGUACUCUGUUUCAUACUCUGUUUUCUUGAGAUGGCUCUUGAGGCUUUGAAUUCUCCAACAACACCCGGCCCAGCUUUCCCUUUUGAAAACCCAACUCUCCGGCAUCUUGCCGAGCCAUGGGCUAAAGGUAAAAGAUCGAAACGACAACGCAGCGUCGACCUUGCUCAACCCACUGAGGAAGAGUAUUUGGCUCUCUGUUUAGUUAUGCUUGCUCGGAGUGGUCAAACCGUUAAUUUGAACUUGCCCACCACCGCCUCUUCUUCCAAGCCGCCGCCGCCGCCUCCGGCGGUGAAUUCGUCAUCGGAUGUGGCGGUUGUUCCUAAUAAGCUUUUGUACAAGUGUUCGGUUUGUGAUAAGGCUUUUGGGUCUUACCAAGCUUUGGGUGGACACAAGGCUAGUCACCGGAAACUCGUUGUCGGCGGCGGCGGAAACGGCAACGGCGGUGCUGCUGCUGCCAGCGAUGACCAGCCGUCGACUUCUACAACUACGGCGGCUACUACUAGCUCUAGCGGCGGUGGAAGCGGUAGGACCCACGAGUGUUCGAUUUGCCACAAGUGCUUUCCCACCGGACAGGCUUUGGGCGGUCACAAGCGGUGCCACUACGAAGGCACAAUUGGCGGCGGUGGAAAUGCGCACGCCGCCGGCGGAAGUAGCGGGGUGACUUCCUCUGAAGGUGUGGGGUCUACAACGACCAACAGCCAUAGGGACUUUGACUUGAACUUACCUGCCUUGCCGGAGUUUUGGACCGGCGGCGACGACGAAGUGGAAAGUCCUCAUCCAGCUAAGAGAAUACGUUUCACUUUGCCGGUCAAAGUUGAGAAACGCUAGAAAAAGAAUAGUAUUUGCUAGAAGCAGUAGUUGAAUUUUCCAAUUGGGAAAUUUGUUGGGUUUUUUUUUGCCUUUUAUUUUUAUUUUUUUUGGGAUUUAAUUCGAUUCAUUUUAGUGAAAAUUUGUUUGUGUAAAUACCAGUUCAACUGGGAUAAUGACAGUGAUCAAUUAAAUUGAUUUUUUUUCAUUAAUAUUCCAAUUUUGCUAUUCUUAACGUUCGAUAACUAUUACAACUACUGUACUAAGAGCCAGUACUUCAAUAACAUAUAUUAAUCUUAACUGAGCAGAUAAACUCGAUAGCAGUUGUUAUUUUAUAUAUCUGUAUGUAUUGUGAAUGCAAUAAACAAAUAUUGGGCAUUAACAUGAGUUAGUAAUAUUUCUAAUGUAUGUGAUUGAUUAGUAUAGAAUCUGGUGAGGGGUAGUGGUUGUGGGUACUGUAGUAGGGGCUUUGGGUUGGCAUUGUUGGGUAGUUAAAUCAAUGAAAUAGAGUCGAGAUAGAUGAGGUUGAAUUGAAGCCACUUGGAUAUCAUCAUCAUAUGGCAACCAACAUUGCUAAAAAGCACAACUUCUGUUUCUUUUCUUCCUUCUUCUUAACUGUGCAAAAGGCAGGCCAUGAGGUUCACGCGUUCUUCAACAUGUGCCUCUCCUUAGAUUCUUCAAUUUUUAUAUUUUGUUUAUUUAUACGUUACAUACCAUGUGUAAAAAUUAUUAAAGCCCCCUCCAUUUUUAUAUAUUGGAAACC